AUGUCUACCGUCUUCUUUCGUGUGAAGGUUUGGAACCCCCUGAGGUCAACGAUUUUUGGACCAGCCAGGAACGGGGUUCCACCGGCUCUCCACUCGUCCACUAGAGUGUGGUUGACGGAAGAAGAUGUCCAUGUGGGCAAAGGACAUUCAAACUUCACAUGUUGCUUUGAUAGUGAAGGUUCCUCACAUCAGAAGACAUAUAUUCUUCGGGGGGGCUUGGCAACUGGCCAGAAACAGAUCUCUCUCAACACAGGGGAUGGGACCGUUGAGGUUUUCUUUUUUAUGCCCGGUGCAUAUGUGGCGAGUCGUAUUCCGAAUAUUCGCUAUCAUCAGCUGAGCUGCGGUGGUAUGAGAUCCAGGAUGGGGUGGAGUGACUGA